UACCAACACAUUAUAAAUGUGCUGAUUGGACUCUUGUUAAUUCCCGGUGAUUAGUUAACACCUUAUUGACAGGUGAAAUUACGUGUGAAACAACUUGACCGUGAUGACAGUGUGUGCUAACAUAUACGGUAAUCAUAAUAUAACACAUUUGAAAUGCAUUUGCUUUCAUUGAUAUCAUCGUGAACAUUGCCAUAUAUUGGACCAGCAGUCAACUUGUCAGAGAAAUGGCAUCUAACAGCACGCACAGUCGGACAGAUGCACUUGGAUAUGAAGCUGUAUUUGUCGACGAACCAGAGCGAAAAUAUAUGUGUCCAGUUUGUCUAGUUGUGAUGAAAGAUGCAGUGCAAACAUCGUGUGGACAUAGGUUCUGUGAAAUAUGUAUUAAGAAAGUUGCCAAACGAUCUGGAAUAUGCAAAUGUCCCGUGGAUAACACCUGGUUUGACACGCAAUUUGAGAUGUUUCCCGACGUAGCCAUUCGCAGAGAAAUACUUUCUCUAAAAGUGAAAUGUGAUCAACAUCAUAAAGGCUGCAACUGGACGGGUGAAUUGAGAUGUCUUGAUCUUCAUGUAACUAUCUGCGAUUAUAUAGAAGUCACCUGCGAGUAUGGCUGCCCCGAGGGCCAGAUACGUAGAAAGGAUCUGACCCACCACCUCGAGACUUGUGACCUCCGACCUGUGUGCUGCGAACACUGUAACUCUUCUACAAGUUCGGUCUAUCUAACAAAACAUCAACUAUUGGACUGCCGAAAAUUUCCAGUAACUUGUUCAUUGUGUGGGAAGAGCCGAAUUAAUCGGGAGGACAUCUCGGGUCACUUGAACGAGAAAACGGGAGACUGUCCCCGAGUCAUUAUACCUUGCCCAUACCAGAAAUAUGGAUGCCAGUUUGCUGGACGUAGGGAGGUUAUGUCAAGCCAUGGAAAAGAGGCUGCACAUGUUCACAUGACUUUCAUGGAGCAGAAGAUUGAAUCUCAAGACAAACGUAUUUGUAGUUUGGACAACACAGUAAAAGAAUUGACUAAAACACUGGCAGAAUUUGAUUCAGUGAUGGAAAAAUUGAAAGAAUCCCAAAUGAUGAGCUACAACGGUAAACAGUCGUGGAAAGUGGAGAUACUGCCCGGACAAAACAAGUACCGAAGUCGUUCCUUCUACACCGGUUGCCCUGGUUACAAGCUUCAUGUUUCCCUCGAGCUCAAUGGACACACAGAAGCCGGUCAUAGUUAUGCCUCUUUAUUUGUUAUUCACGAGAAAGGUCAAUUUGACGAGGAACUAUUUUUUCCAUUUUCGGCGUCGUGCGGAGUAACAUUGGUUUCAACUCUCCGGACGAGAAUUUACGAAACAGAAGUCACAUGCACUUCCGUGCCAAAGUGCAGAACAGACGCUGAGCAGUUUCAAUGCCAGCGAGGUCGUCUGCGGUUUAUCAGAAUGGACCAAUUACUCAGUGACACAUUCUGUGUAGAUAAUUGUCUCUAUAUGGAAUUCAAAGCACAGGUCUUCCAGCACGGCUCAUUCAUUAAGUGGGGUUCGAACAUGCAAACUUGAACCUGGAAGAUCAAAAUGAUUCAGCACUUAUUAAUUUAUUUACUUUGUUUCCUUUUUCAGUUGAUCUCAUAUGUGUAUAGUGCAAUGAUAAGUUGUAGGUGAAAUCUCUGGUAAAAUAUGCUGUUUAAUGUAGAGAUCAAAGUAUGUUUUCAAAUCAAUUACGCAUUCAAUCGGAUGAAUAUUUAUGCAUAAAAAAUAAUUAUCUUUAUUAUAUAAUUAUAAAUGAAAUAUUGAGAAAUAUUGAUGAAACAAACGGCGUAUUUUCAUUUUCCGUAUUUUCACUGUAAAAUUUUUAUUUUUCACUGCAAUGACAUAUUUUCCGCAUUUUUACAGGUAAUUUGCCGGACUACUUUCUUCUUAAUUCAGCCAAUACACAAAAUUAUAGAAGUCUUAAGAAUUGUAAGGUCAAAAAAGAAAAAAAAAAUAAUAAACAGAAAAUUCAAGUUCUUUUCUAUAAAUGCAGGAAUUAUUUUAAUCUUGUGAUAUGCAAAUGACCAUAUUUCGCCACUCGUGAAAAAUUUAUUCUCACACCACUGGAUGAAAAUACUGUAUUUAUUGGGGAAAAAACUGGAAUAUCCUCUAUUUAUUUAUAAAUUGACAGAAAAAUAACAUAGAAAGAACGCACAGCAAAAGCGCUGUGUAAAUGAUAUACCUGUGAUGUGUUUCCUCACUAUAUUUUAUGUGCAUAAGAAAUACCCACUGUAUCCAAUGUCUUAUUGUACGAUUGUGUUAUUUACCAGGUAUUUUUUAUACAUACAUGUAGUUUUAAAAGAUAUAACUGAGCCGCGUCACGACAAAACCAACAUAGUGCGUUUGCGAUCAGCAUGGAUCCAGACCAGCCUGCGCGUCCGCGCAGUCUGAUCAGCAUCCAUGCUGUUCGCUUACAAACCCUAUAAAGAAGUAGAGAAACUGAUAGCGAACAGCAUGGAUCCUGAUCAGACUGCGCAGGCUGGUCUGGAUCCAUGCUUGUCGCAAACGCAUUACGUUGGUUUUGUCGUGACGCGGCUCAAAUUUGUGUUACUACUCCUCAUUAACCCCCGUUACAUUUGAUUUGUCUAUAGUGUAAAUAUUGUCUGGAUAAUCGAUAGAUUUUCACAUUUAUAAUACCGUUUCGUCUUUCGUUAUUUUUCUUUUCAUUUGACAAAAUAUUUAAUUGGACAGUUAUUUUAUAAGUAUGUACUUUAGCAACUGAUUGUGACUAUAUUGCAAAAGGAAACAACGACAGGAGCAGCAGUAACAACAGCAGCAGUAGCAAUCAAGCACUGUGUUAUAUUAACUGUAAUAAUCAAAUCGAAUAAAAUUUCGAUCAGCCGAAAUCUUUCAAGAAAAUUAAAUUUUGAAAAGAAUGUACUAAGAUUUUACGAAAAGUAAAAGAAUUUAAGUAAUAAUUAACAUAUAUGAGUGAUUAAUGACUGAUUUUGUCAACUUAUUACCAUAGUUCUACUGCGUUACUAACACAUUAAGGGCUAUUUCUGCAUAUUUUAGUCUCUUUUUGGUAAUUUACAUGGAUUGUUAGUGCCGUUUUCCAAUGUGUAAAUUAUUUUUUUUUGUUCACGUCUGUAAUACAUUUUCGAAAUUUUCAUGAAAAUUAACAUUAAAUUGGAGACAUGCUGCUUUAAGUUGUUGUUAUAAUUUAUAACAACAGUAAUGAUUUAUUAUCGUAACACUAUU